AUGUCAAGACGACCCAGCGCUGCCUCGGCGGCCACCAAUGGCCCUACCUCGAGAGAGCUGUCGCCCCAGAACCAACCAGCAAUUGACAAGCAAAAGAUGCUUCUCUCUGCAGACGUGGGCCACUUCUCGCUGGUACGAGCCAUGCACCUCGCAGAUCUCAUUACUCUUCUGAAUGGUGGGUUCCCCCUAUCCCUUGUUCCUUUGGCGACUUUUGACUGGCGAGACGGACCAAGAUGGGCUAACGAUGCAUGUGAUUCUUGCAUAGGCUUCUGCGGUGUCAUGUCGAUAUUCUCGUCCCUACACUCCUGCCUGGAGCCUGCCAAGAGGGACGAUCACCUGUGGUGGGCGCUGGUGUUCUUGCCCUUUGGCUUUUUCUUCGACGCUCUUGAUGGCACGGUGGCUCGAUGGAGGAAGAAGAGCAGCCUGAUGGGACAAGAGCUGGAUUCCCUUGCUGAUUUGGUCUCUUUCGGCGUUGCUCCCGCUAUGGUGGCCUUCUCCCUUGGCCUUCGAACCUCUGCCGAUAAACUUGGUCUCGCCUUCUUUGUUCUGUGUGGAUUGACCAGACUUGCCCGCUUCAAUGUUACCGUCGCUGUUCUGCCCAAGGAUGCCACUGGCAAGAGCAAGUACUUUGAGGGAACGCCCAUUCCGACGUCACUGGGUUUGGAUGCCCUCAUGGCUUACUGGCUGCAGAAAGGCUGGAUCUUGGAGAGCAUCCCCUUUGGCACCCUGUUCACUGGUACAUCGCUCGAGUUCCACCCCAUCGUGCUCUUGUUCGUCAUUCACGGCUGCUUGAUGACCAGCAGGACGAUACGCAUACCAAAGCCAUAA